AUGCGUUUCCACUCCAUUGCUCUCUUGGCCAGCGCGACUGCCGUCGCCGCUGGCAACACUGCGACUCUUCUGCUGCCUGGUUUCCAGGGUCGUGAUCUUCAGGCUGGUAUCCUCAACUCGAACGGCGAGACCACCACCUACCUGAUCACCUGCCCGACCACCGUCGCGGCCUCUGCCUGCGGUAUCCUCGGCACUGGCAUGACCGCCAUGGCCGCGCCCACCACCAUGUCACUGGUCAAUGCUGACAGCAACGGAAACACCGCAUCCAUCGGCUGCAAUGUCUCCGGCACCACCUACGCCUCUUGCCUCGCCCAGGAAGGCACCGUGACCGUGUCCCACACCUUGAACAGCAAGAACAUGAACUUCAUGCCCGUGACUGUGACGGGACCCUGCUCAACCAGCACCCCGACACCCACAUCAACCCCGACCCCGACUUCGACUCCGACGUCCACCUCGACCAUCACCCCAACUUCGACGGUCACUCCCACCUCGACCCCGACCCCGACCCCGAUCUCGAGCCCCAAGAAGUCCACCAGCAAGCCCGCUUCGUCUACCCGCAUGGUGACCAGCUCGGUCAUGCUCCCCUCCAGCUCUGGCACCGUCAUCACCGGCACCCCUCUUCCCGCUGCCUCUACCGCCCCGGCCUCAGCUACCCCCUCCGCCGCUGGCGCCGUCGCUCUGUCCGGCAACGGCUGGGCUCUGGGAGGAGCCAUCAUGGCGAUGUUCUACGCCCUCGCAUAA